AUGGGCACAGCGCACUACCUCACGGCGCAGAAGAUCAGUCUGCUGGUCCUGCUCCGCCUGUAUUGUAGCUCCACGCUACCAUCCUCAGCAACGAUACCCAUACUCUCCUUUAUCCUUUCAACUACGGUUCCGUCAACUUCUUCAAGCGUCAGGUCCUUGCGCUCUUCUGCGACCAUCAAUCCUUCCUUCUCCAUCGACAGCUUCGAGGAUGUUCUCCAGGGCCAUACAUCCAACAUGCCCGGUCGCACAUUAUUGGACUUGUUCCUCAAAAGCAUGUGGGAGAUGAACUCGUUUGAUGCAUUGCAUUCACUCAUCGACAAUCUUGGCGAGCUUUUGAUGUCACCUCCAACCCACGAUGGAGAUGGGCAAGAGCGCAUCUAUCUCUCUAAGACUUCUCCACUAGGCAUCUUCGUGCGGCGUGCACGACUCGAGUUCGAUAGACUGCAGUUUGAGGACACCAUCGCACUAUGGUCAUCUUUUGUCAAGUACCGUGCACCCACAGCGCAAUGGACUAAGCGGCUUGCUGGACUUGCUGCGAGUGGCGUAGACGCUGUCGUCGCUGAGAUGGGCAUGCAGGAGGGCGACGACGUCUAUGAGAUAGCCUACGGGGAUCUCAAUGAGCCAGAUGAUGGAACACAAGGCAUGAGUCAGGACGACCUCGAUCGGAUAUUGGAGUUCCAACUCGACCGUCUACAACGCUUCGGUGACCGAGUACCCGAGUCGAUGAGGACACAGCUUCGUGGAAUGCUUGCGUCGUCAAGUACAGUACACCGACAAGCUCACCUUGUACAAUUUUUCGACGCCUGGAAAGCCGGAGACUACACAUCUGCCUUCGACAACCUGCACCGGUACUACGACUAUGCUAUGCAGACCCGCGAAAAAAUCCACUACCAAUAUGCUCUACUCCACAUGGCGAUCUUGCAGGCUGACUUCGGUUGCUUCGGUGAGGCUAUCGCCGCGAUCAACGAGACCAUUGCGACCGCGCGAGAGUCUCAAGACAUGACCUGCUUGAGCUUCAGUCUGAGCUGGCUGAACCACAUGAGUAAGGCAUACCCUAAGCAGAUGAAGGCCGCUGGCUACAUGAGCAUGCUGGGGAGCGAGCGAGAUGCCCUUACAUUCCUCAAGGCAAAGGCUCGUGAGUUCAAGAUGCACAAUCUGCUUAGUGCAACAUUGCUCAACGAGGCCAAAUUGGUUCUCUCUACCGGUGACUCGACCUCUCGGGCCUUCGAGCACAUCUACCAGUCAUCACACCUCAAUAUCAAGGAGCACGUCAACAGCUACGGUGGUCAGAUGCUGUUGCAAUCUACCUUGUAUUCUCGGCUCGGGAUACCACAUCUGGCAAAUGUACACUGUGCUUUACUCCUCGAUUGCCAUGGAGCCAGCUGCCCGAUUGAUGAGAAGCGUCGUGCAGUGGGACGGCAGGCUUUCAUUAUGAGCCAAAAUGGGCGUUACGACGAGGCCAUUGAAGCAUUCCAGUCUAUCGACUUGACUGCUCACAACAAGUCGUUGAAGUUUAACCAGUAUCUCAUUCUCUGCGUUGGUAUCAUCAAACUGAAGCGCGCCAUCAGAAGGUCCGACUGGUCGACUUGCUCCCACUUACUCGCAACUCUCAAACCCUCGGAAGACCCUUCUUCAGACACUGUUGAUCCCGAGCUCCACUUCCUCCUGUCAGAAGCUUAUAUUGACUACCUCUUCUCGAAAGGCGACUACCCAUCAGCUUUCACAAAGAUUUCGAAUCUCGUACAGUCGCUGAAGGAAGAUAAUGCAGACAUCCUGCAGCGAGUCUCCGUUCUACUCAUGAAGGCCGAUCUCUUCCGUAAAGUAGGAAGGCCGGAGCGGGGGUUCAGCAUCGCCCUGCGAGCUGCGAGCGUGGCAUACAAAGCAAAGCUGAUGCCCAGCUUGUGGUCUGCGGUCGGGCUCCUCGCCAACAUCCUUAACAGUCUGGGCGAGUGUGCGAGUGCAAAGCGUCUGCUCGAAGCUGUACUACCGCAGUCUCUCGAAAACGGAGAUAAUAUGCUCUCUGGCACGCUAUACUCACAUCUCGGUGACUCAUUCAUGGGCCUCGCCGACCCGGCAAGGACAUCUGAGCCGCGACUGCAGACUAGCUACAUCGCCAAGGCUGAGUUGUACAUCGAUCGGGCCAGAGAGUGCUUCAAGAGGAGCUCGUACCUUGAUGGCGAGUGUGAGCAGCUCUUGAAGAAAGCCAUUAUUGCGAAGCUGAGAGGCGACGAGAAGCUGGCAGAGGAGUGGAGCCAGAAUCACAACCGAGUUUGGGAGGAGGGUAUGAGGAACAUCGAGCAGACCUGA